AGGUUUGAUUUUCCCUAAAAGCAUAAAUUCGAAAAGGUAAUAAAAAAGCUGUAAAUAUUUUACAAUAUUUCUUUUUGUGGACACGAAAUAUUUCUACAUGAUAAAGAAUUAUGCUGAAUACUUCUUCCAAUCUUCAGUUUUAGUUAUCGAAGGUAAUAACGUAGAAUAUUAUAAUUUUUAUUUGAAAUUUUUCUCUCACUUUUAGAUGCCGGCAGUGUUUACUUUCACACGUAGUGAUAGCGAGAUCCUUCAAGAGCUGUUGCGUGUGUUCAGUGGGCGUGGUACUGCUAGGGAACAGUGGAGCCUGCAGGCAGAGUUGCUAGUUGAGCCUGUAGGCUGGGACGCGCUCUGGAAACUAUCUAAGAAGUUCUGUAGGAAAUUUGAGGCUCGUUUCCCGUGCAUUGCAUAUGUGUCUGUGACUUCAGUAGAUUUUGAAACACUCACAGCUUGUGUGGAUGUCCUUAGUGUACAACAUGAGGCAGUAUCAUUACCUGAAAUGGUUGAAGAUGUGCCUCUAAUAGAGUUGUGGCCAACAGUUAAACAAAGGGAGAUGUGUGUCAAUGCAGCAACCACAGCAGAGUUCAUAGAUUUAUUGAGAUUUUAUUACAAUGACAUUUGGAUGCCCUGGGAUGAUCAAGAUGACAAGGUUCUUCUUCCAAAUACCAUUGAAGAUAGAAUGUCGCUUUGGUCAGAUAUGCACAAUGGUUCUAUACCACAUUAUGUCGCCAGGGCUAUAACAUUAUUUAGAAAUAGUGCUAUUAAUGCACAUGAGAAAUUAAAAGAACUGGAUUCUUCUCUUUGUGAAAGUGGACUAGCCGAUGAGGAUGGCAAGUAUUAAUUGUUUUAUUCCUUAAAUACAGGU